AUGUCAAGAAUAAGACCAAGAUACGACUCCGAGUCCGAAAACGAACUCGAGGAUAUCCUCAGCAGAAACAAACAUAAUGACAACGAUGAUGACGACUUUUCGUCGCUCUCUUUCGCCGCAUUGAGCUCAGCACAAGAGAAACUCCGAACGCAAGACAGACUGAAGUCCACCUCCGGCCAGAAGGCACAUAAAGGUCAAACAUCACAUCGACAAACAAGUGGUCACGAGUCUGACCUGAAUUCAGAAUUCGACUCAGACUCAGAUUCGGAUGCGGAACCAGAAAGUUACAGUAGUAAAAAGGGUGGUAAUUCUAAACUGGCGAAGAAGCCUACUAGUAAAAAUAAACACGCACCAUCAGAGUCAAGCUCGAAGAAACCAGUCUCGACGGUCAGAGAGAUUCCCGGCUUGGCGACUUCCAAAGGAACCUCCUUGUACAAAGAUAUUCGUUUCGACGCAGCAUAUGGUAAAGCCGACUGGAAUCGGAUCAGAAAGGACUAUGCGUUUCUUGAUGAGUACAGAGAGACAGAGAUAUCGGAAAUGAACAAAACCUUGAGGGAUAAAAAAGCAAUGCUGAAAAUGUCCGACUACCAGGCCGAGAAGAUGAAGUUCAAGGUCCAGUCUCUCAAAUCUAGACUUGACACAUUGAAAAACCGUGACUUGGCCGACAAGAUCGUGGCCGAUCACAAAAAAGAACAAAUCAAACUCACAAAAACAGGUCAGCAGACCAAUCCUUACUUCUUGAAGAAGUCCGAACAGAGAAAGAUGAUCCAAAAGGCUAAGUUCGACACCAUGAAGAACUCGCAAAGAGAGAAGGUCAUGGAGAGAAAGAGAAAGAGACGGUUGGGUAAGGAAUUUAAGCAACUUGAGUUUCGUGGGCAAGAUCAUUAA